UUAUUGAUAUCUCUAACACUUCCCUCUUCGCUGUCCUCUCUUUCUCUCAGCAAUCGUGGUGGCCUAGGGUUUUUUUCUCUCUCGCGUUCUUCACUAGGGUUUCAGGUUAUUAUUCCGAGAUGUCAAGAGUGUAUGUUGGAAAUCUUGAUCCUAGGGUCACUGAAAGAGAACUAGAAGAUGAAUUCCGUGUGUUUGGAGUUAUAAGAAGUGUUUGGGUUGCAAGACGCCCACCUGGUUAUGCUUUUAUUGAUUUUGAUGACCGAAGAGAUGCACAAGACGCAAUCAGGGAUCUGGAUGGUAAGAAUGGAUGGAGAGUUGAGCUCUCACAUAAUUCUAGAGGAGAAAGGGGUGGGGGCCGUGGCGGAGGUCGUGGUCGCUCAGGCUCUGAUUUGAAGUGCUACGAGUGUGGCGAGUCUGGUCAUUUUGCUCGUGAAUGCAGAGUGCGGGGAGGUCCAGGUCCUGGAAAACGUAGAAGUCGUAGCCCUCCUAGAUAUCGGAGGAGCCCAAGUUAUGGUCGCAGGAGUUAUAGUCCUCGUGGACGUUCCCCCAGACGCCGAAGCGUAUCACCUCGUGGCCGUAGCUAUAGCCGAUCUCCAUACCGUGGAAGAGAUGAAGUUCCUUAUUCCAAUGGAAAUGGCCUCAGGGACCGAAUCAGAAGCAGGAGCUGAUCGGAAAAGAUGAUUACUUUGUCUCAUUCAGGAGUUUUUGGAUGUGUGUGUUACUAUGCUUGACUUAAUCGCAGCUGUGUAAGUGAGGCCAUGCCCUCAACUUCAACGGCUUUAAUUUUCGUGUGAUAUUAUAAGUGUGUUUUUUAAUUUCUUCACUUUUUCCCCUUUUAAGAACCAUUAUCUUAGCGACUUAGACCUUUUGUACUUUAUGGCAUCUAUUAUCUUUAGAAAAGAAAUAUCCUAAAGAGUGCUGCUAAAAAUUUACUUUUGUUUUCUUGUGUCGAGGUGUCUUCACGGUACUGCUUCGUUGGUUUUCUGCUCCCACACUCUGUGGUUUCGUUCUUCACUGCCCUGCUGUGGGAUCUUCAAUUUCAAAGAUUGUGGAUCCCAGCUAGCUACAUCACUAGAUGCUUCUGUUUGAUUGAAUCUCUGCGGCUAUGACACGCCUCACCUCAAAGUGUAGUGGUAUAUAAAAAGUAGAUAUUAAGGAUGAUGAAUGGCAUCACAGUCAUAUGGCAGGUACCUAAUCUGUUACAGAGAGGUUGAGGAACUUACACUCUCGUUUAACAAUUGAUCACCAGCUAGCUACAUCCCUAGAUGCUUCUGUUUGAUUGAAUCUCUGCAGCUAUGACACGCCUCACCUCAAAGUGUAGUGGUAUAUAAAAAGUAGAUAUUAAGGAUGAUGAACGGCAUCGCAGUCAUAUGGCAGGUACCUAAUCUGUUACAGAGAGGUUGAGGAACUCACGUUCUCGUUUAACAAUUGAUCACCACAUCAGCAAGGUCAUUGGGCCAGUAUCUGAAAGCUUACUCAUGGAAGUUCAUGGCAUCAAGUGUUGCAUGUAACAUCCUAGGUCCUGUGAUUUCCUUUGCUUUUAUUCUCUGCUUCUAGCCUCUUUUCUUUGUGUUCCCUUUUAAAAUCAAUUAUCUGCUUCUCUUUUUAUGCCGUUUUAAACUUUUUUUUUUCGGUGCCUUUUCCUUUCAUCCUAUUCUUAAUCAAAAUCUUAUUUUUUUCCAUCAUCACCUCCCCGUCAUUGGUGGAGAAGUUAAAAAAAUUUCAUCAAAAUAUUGCCACACGGGUGACUAAUAAAUUUUCAGAUUUAAACUUCUCUGUACUUCUCCAUACAAAUUUAGAUGUUUUCCUUUUUAUAAAGUGACCUCGCAGCCUAUUAAAUUUCCGAAUUUUGAAAGAUUUGAAUCGAGACUCAAGUGAUGCCAAGUAAAGACCUGUGUUACACUUUGCUUCCUUUUUUGAACUACUUUCAUUUUAUCUUUAACUUUGUAAUGUAUUGCGAAAUCUGUUUCUCUAUUUUGCUUUCAGUAGGAGACAAAAAUGGUUUAUGAUUUUCCUGCUGUGAGACUUGUAGUUUUCAAUUAAGUGUUCUCAUUGCUUUAAUAUUCUAGAAAAAGGGUGAAUUUCUUGGGAGAGUGUACAUCAAUCUUCAUUUGAAUCACCUAUAUUAGAUUGGUUCAUUGCAUAUUAGCAGGAACCAAUGUACUUGUUGCUCUGCCUUUGAUCAAAGAGUCUGCUCUUACCCCACGGGAACAUCAUUGAGCUGACCUGCUUCAUGCCCGAUUUUGUUCUUCCACAACACCUGCUGCUUGAUUUUGCUAGCUUCAAGUCGUUAAAGUGCCUCUUUUUGACCUCCUUCGUCUUCUCAAAUUGCCUGCUUGCUACAGCGUUGAUUGCAUACUAAGAUCUAUUUUGUAGUCAAAUAUCUUGAAACUUUCAAAGAAUUUUACCUUCUAAUUGUGUUUUACUACUUAUGCCGAUCAUAUCAGUCAUAAGGUUUGUGUUUAUAUUUCACACCUAUUUUCGAUGGUCAGAUUUUCUGUUUUGGAAAAGGGGGAGGGUUGCUUUCUAUUUCCCAUUGAUUCCCCUUUUUAUGCUUGAAAUAUAAGAAUUAGGUUUCUCAACAA